AUGGUCUUAGGUGAUGGGUCCUCCACAAAGUUCUGGACUGACAUAUGGCAUCCUAUUGGUAGACUGAUCGAGGUUUUGGGAGAACGAGCAAUACACAAGAUGGGUAUUGAUCGGCAUGCAUCUGUCUCUAGUGUUUUUGUGAACAAUGUGUGGCGGUUUAGGAACACUCGUGAUCCAGCUAUCCAACAGGUCACCGCGCAGAUUCAAGAGGGGACUGUGGUACUAGUUCAUGGUGUUCAGGAUGAGGCUCAUUGGAAGAAAGAGGAGGACACCUAUGAAAGGAAAUUCUACGCUUCUACAACCUUGGAAAGUAUUCGUGUCAGUCACGAUCAGGUACCAUGGGACAAGCUUGUCUUGUUUGCACAAGGAGUGCCUAGGUUUGCAUUCAUUACGUGGCUUGCUGUCAGGGACAGACUCUCAACGGGUGUCAGAAUGCGUGCAUGGGGGAUAGUACAAGGCUGUCCCUUCUGUGGUGAGAGAGAAGAAUCAAGAGAUCAUCUGUUUUUUGCUUGUCCUUACACUUACACUCUCUGA